GCGCUCCGGUUCUGUAUGAGAAGUCUAUGCAAGGUCACUGACCGCACACACAACCCUCAGCGCACCCAGCCAUCCCCUUCAUUCCGCUCUUAUCUGCAGGUAAAAGAAACCAAAGCAACUCCCAGAGCCAAUGUGGGAACACCUCCCUGCCCAGCGGCGGAAGUGCCCCUCCUCACCACUUCCGCUUCCCGGGGAUCCAGUCAGGUGGAAUCCAGUCGGUGUCCUCGGAGACAGCGGACAGACUGUGCUGUAAAUGUUCAUAAAAACUGCAAGACAUUACUUCCUGAAUGUACCGGUAGCAAGUCAAAGAAGGAUAGUUUUUACAAGCCUGCAACGUCUUCCCACGUAUAUUCAUUUUAUCAGCAAGGUAAAGCCUCACUGAAGGACCCUCAUCGCAUUGCUAUUGUAGGUCUGGAUGGGGCUCAUACGCAGGGACGAGGGCCCGGAAUGACUGUCACCAAUAGAGGCAAUUCAAGAGUGGAAAUACAAGCAACGGCAGGGAGCAGAACAGGUUCCGUCGCAGCAGAUAUGGAUGAGUUGGACUCAAAUUUUAGCAAACUAAAGAUAUUCACAGAAGACAAUGUAUCUUUGGCCCCUUCAAGUACAGAAUCAUUAUUUGUGGAAGAAGCAUUUUAUUCCUCAGUUAGAUCUGAGUUAGAAGCUGAUGCUGUUGAGCUUGAGACCGAGUCUUGGAGCAGUGCAGUUGAACCUCCAUUUGCCAAAAAACAGAAGAAAGAAGUUAUCAAGAGGCAGGAUGUAAUUUAUGAACUAAUGCAGACAGAAAUGCACCAUGUCCGGACACUUAAAAUCAUGUUGAAAGUGUAUUGUCGAGCACUUAAAGAAGAACUGCAUUGGAAUAAUGAAAUCCACCAACUUUUGCCCUGUCUGGAUGAACUUCUGGAGUUGCAUGGGCAAUUCUUGACUCGAUUUAAAGAGAGGCGCAAAGAAUCCUUAGAAGAGGGGAGUGAUCGAAACUACAUCAUACAGAAGAUUGGUGAUAUUCUUGUACAACAGUUCUCAGGUGACACGGCUGCAAGGAUGAAGGACAAAUAUGGUGUGUUCUGUAGUCAGCACAAUAGAGCAGUUAGUCGCUACAAGUUCCUGAUGAGAGAAAAUAAGAAGUUUCAGAACCUCAUGAAGAAAAUAGGUAACUCGUCUAUUGUGAGGCGUCUGGGAGUCCCGGAGUGUAUACUCUUGGUUACACAGAGGAUUACAAAAUAUCCAGUCCUUGUGGAGAGGAUCAUUCAAAACACAGAAGAAGGGACCGAGGACUAUGAAGCAUUGACUCAGGCUCUUACACUCCUAAAGGAAACCAUCACAGAAGUAGAUUUGCGUGUUCAUAGGAGUGAGAAGGGACAACGUCUGAGUGAAAUCAUAGCCAAAAUGGAGCCAAAAUCCUCUGUUAAAUUAAAGAAUGGGAUGACAUUUAGGAAGCAUAACAUGGAAAACCGGCAACUUCUUCUUGAUGGCAUGCUUUAUUGGAAGUCGGCUUCGGGAAGAUUGAAAGAUAUCUUGGCUGUUUUAUUGACUGAUGUACUGCUGCUUCUUCAAGAGAAGGAUCAAAAGUAUAUGUUUUCUUCUUUGGAUGCCAAACCACCUGUUAUUUCAUUACAAAAGCUGAUAGUCCGAGAGGUGGCUAAUGAAGAAAAGGCCAUGUUCCUCAUAAGUGCUUCACUGAAAGGCCCAGAGAUGUAUGAAAUUCAUACUGCCUCCAAAGAAGAGAGGAAUACCUGGAUGACACUAAUUCGUGGUGCUGUGGAGAGUUGUCCAGAUGAAGAAGAAAUAACAAAUGAAGCAGAUAUUGAACGGAGACAGGCAUAUGAGCGUGCUGCUAGAAUUAAGGAUUACGAAGAGCGUCUGAAUUUGAAGGAUACAUAUAUAAUGCAAACAUUGAGUGAAAAGCUACAGCUUUACAUAGACAUGGCUGACAUAUACGGUUUUGACGAUUCUUCUCAAGGAUCCAAGAUGAGACUGUUUAUUGGAUCUGAUAGUGCAGACAGCCUACAAGGAGAAAGCACGCUCCUCGCUGCCAUAGCGGAAGCUGAAAAGAUCCAUUCCAUGCUAUUUCUCUCCUUCAAUCCACAUGAAGAUACAAGCAUAGGGGUUUGUGCAUUACCAAGACGAUCAGAGACAUUUGGCGGUUAUGACAGCUCUGGACAUUCAAAAAGUGGCAGCUUUAAACAGGGGGUCAAAGAGCGACGCACAACAUCCACUAGCUCAGAAAGCCACAUUCAAGACCUUGUGGAUAGUGAGUCUGAAAUGCCAGUGCUGGAAAACAACAAUCCUUCCACAAGUCAAGAAUCUGAGCUCAUCGGCAAGAUGCAAAUACUGUUGCAGCUGUUGUAUAGUCUACAGGCUGUAGUCGCACAACAAGACACCUACUUUGAGGUGCAGAGAGAACGCGAGAAGCAGCUAAGACAGCAGUCAUCAAGGGGCAAUUGGUUGUUGGAGCAGGAGAAACAACGUAAUUUUGAAAAGCAAAGGGAGGAGUUGGCUAAUGUACAAAAGCAGCAGGAGCAAUUAAAACAAGAAAAGCAGCGAUGGGAGCGUGAAAGAACGAAGUAUCAAAAAGAGAUGGAGGCUGAUGAGAUGAGGCUACGGCAAAGAGAGGAGACUUCUCAGAUGGAGAAGGAGAAGUUAGACCAGGAGCGGUCAGACUUAGAAAAACAGAGACAAGCUUAUCAGCAUGAUUUGGAGAGGCUACGCGAGGCACAAAGAGCAGUCGAGAAGGACAGAGAGCGCUUGGAACAGUUGAAGAAGAUAAAAAAAACGAGUGUUGGUGCUGGAUCCUUUGCACCAGACGUGGUCCAGGUAACUUUGGGUGUUCCACAUUCAGCAAGCUUUAACGGUGAAGGAAUGCAGAGCCUAGAAGGGGCUAGUCAGCUUAUGAAACCUUUAACCAAAACCAGUGCAUCUGUAUCAGCAGCUGAUUACCUGGAGAGACCUGAAGUUAUGCGCCGGGAUAGUAGUUCCACAGACACGAGGCCAGCAUUGAAAAAUGAUGUGCCUGUCCAUUUGUUAAGUACCACGAAUCAACUCCAAAGGCCAACAGUACCUACUAAACAGCAGAUUCCCACUAAACUGGCUGCACUGAGCAAAAGCGGAAAGGAAAAAACUGGCAGAGGAAAACCUUCACAUCGUACAGAUAGUUCAGCAUCCAUCGAUCACCGGGCACUGUUUCCAUGUAGGCUUUCUGGAAAAGAUGAAAGUACAGUGAGGAGUAGACGAUCAGCAAGUCCUAGUCUCACGAAUAGUCUUAUCUCAUUCUUUCCUCAAGACUCUUCAGGACAAGGCGAUCCCAUCAAUGAAACACCACCAUAUCAUUCAAGUGUGCAUCGGCAAAGCAGUUCUCAUUUACUGACACCCUCUAUUCAUCCUCCACCACCACCUGCUCCAGCUAACGAGGAGGAUACAAAUAAAGAAGAUGUUAUAUUUUUCUAGCUCCAUCACUGACUUUUUAUACACUUUUCAUGGCACAGACUGAAAUAUUGUGGAUUAAUGCUUUUACCACUAAGGCCUUUUUAUGAAGUUUUAAAUGGAAUCUGUAAAAGUAACAGGUUUAAAAUGGUGUGGCAUUCAGUCCAAAGAAUAAUGAAGGGAUAUUCACCAGUAGAUUUGCCAAAUGCAAUAUUUUUUUUUUUUUCUUGUUCCUGCUAACCAUGUGGUCUUCUAACCCGACAUCUCUGUUCCAAGUGCAAUUGGAGUGAAGUCAAAGGGUAAUGGUGCAUCUGUCAAACCGAAGCAUUACCUGCUGGACAGGAUUGCUUAAUAUUUAGGUUAAAGUUAUGUCCUUAUGCUUGUUGUCUUUUCUCGCAAACAUUUCCUGAGGGACAAAAAAAAAUUACCAAUAGCCUGUCCCUUCUUCCUUUAGCAUGCAGAAUAAGUAGCAUUUCUAUUAGCAGCUAUAAAGGGGUGUAUUUAUAUCUAUUUAUAAAAAUUCACUGCAGGCAUUCGUGAAAACGGUUGUGAAUAAUUUCCAUGCUAAGGUUUCUAAAAUGUGCAACAUUUUGUUUUAUGAUAUUUAAGUUGUCUUUUGCAGGGCGAAUGCAUCAUACAUUUGGCUAAUCCUGUUUGUUCCAGUGUUGUCAAAUACAAUAUGUCAACUAUUAUACAUGGUGUAUGGGUUUCUUUGUAGAGAUAUAAGCUGUAAUGAAUGCAUCAUCUCUUAAGAACAUUUAAUUCUGAGGCUGCAUUAACACAUGAAAAAACUUUAAAAAAAAAAUCAGUUCUCUGUGGUGCCUUUUCACAUAUGUGCACGCAACUGGUAUGAACAUGCACCAUAGAGAACAAUAGAUUUUUUACGUUUAAGACUUUUGUAG